GUCUCGCCCGCCGCUUCUUGGCUUUUACUUAACAUGACCACUCUAUCAGUUCAUUCCGCUGCUCAAACACAUCAAAGCGGAUUAUUGCGCACCCUUGUUUCCGAGAAUCCAAGUUUAGUGAACGCUGUAGACGUAGAUGAACGAACUCCACUACAUUGGGCUGCAUCAUCUGGAGACUUGGAUAUUGCCCGAUACUUGAUUGAUCAGAAAGCGGAAGUGGACAAGGUGGAUGGAAGCGGUUGGUCUGCCUUACAUAUCGCAGUAAGCGCCGGGAAUGACAGCGUUGUCGAAGAACUCAUUGGUGCAGGAGCCGAUGUGAACAGGAAGAAUAGUAAAGGAAUCACCCCCCUGUAAGUAUCCACCAUUUAAUGAUCACAAUCCGAAAAGCAAACAAGUCCGAAGACAUUAUGCAGCGUCAAAAU